AUGCCUCCCAAGGAGAAGCCAAUGAACCCCCCGAACCAGACAGCUCACGUCGAAUUAGCAAACCAAGACAGCCUUGAAGCACGCCUUGCCAGAAUUGAGUCUAAAUUGGAUUCCCUUGGCGCCUCCAAUGCACUGUCUCUGGCAAGUUUGCUUGACAAACCGUCCAGUGCGGACGACAGCAGCCCGCCAUUGCUCAGUUCUAGCGGAACAGUCUCAGAAGGCCUGACUCCGGAGACUCUCGAUAACUCAGAUCCCUUCAAUAUUUUUCCCUUGAAUGAGGUGCUUCCUGUCAUCGAUGCGUACUUCGCAAAUUUCAAUAGUGUCCUUCCGCUGUUCCACCAACCCUCGUUCAUGACAUUACUUCAAGAGUUCUACUCCAACUCGACGCAGAAGUCGAGAGUCGCCUGGGGAAUCAUUAACUGCGUCCUCGCAAUGGGCUUUCGAUUGACUUCCAGAGACGCAGAUCCUGUGCAGCAUGAUUUUUCCGAGAGACGAAGUCAGGAAUGCGUCGCCAAUGCGCAGAAGGCGCUUGAUGACUUUAUAGUCCGGGAUGAAGACACGUUAGGUGUCCAGGGAAUGCUGGCCCUCGUCCUCUUGUACCAUGCGAGCCCUCAUCAUAGACCAGCUUCGGUCUUAAUCAGCACCGCCGUUCGUCUGGCUCACCGACUACAACUACACACGAGGUCUUCUCAUGCUCAUUUUACACCAGAUCAAGCUAAGCAAAGAGAUAAUAUCUUCUGGAUUUGUUACACCCUGGACAAGGAAAUUAGCGUCAAGGCCAAGAUACCAUCAGUUCAGUUAGACAUCGAUGUCGACAUAGAUCUUCCUGGAUCUUCGCCGCUGGAUAAUGACGGUGUAUUGCGUAGUGUUGAUGGCUUAUCAAACUUUAACUACUUCAGGUCCCGAGUGAGACUGGCGUAUCUUCAAGGGAAGAUUUAUGAUAGCCUCUACAGCUUCCGGUCCAAGAAGCUGUCUCCUGACGAACGAAAGCAGCGCGUGGUCCAGCUCGACAAAAUGCUUGAUGAAUGGCGCCAAACGAUCCCUACCCCUUUACAGUUCGAGCAUAUGGCGCAGACACUUGAUAAACAUGCAAUCGUUCAUAUGACAACUCUCCAGCACCACUACCUGCUAUGCUUAGUAUGCAUUCAUGGUAUUUACUCCGUUGAUAGCGAGUGGGUGAAGGCCAUUGGUGAAUUCGGUCGGAGGACACUAGAGAAAAUGGACAACAACACGGAAAUAUGUAUGAAACACAUGCAACCACCGCUGCCGUCAGCGUGGGCUCGGCUGAACAUCUGGGCGUUGUUUUCCGGCGUCAUUAUUCUUCUUGCCAACUGCCAAUAUUACCCAAGGAACGAUUUCGUAUUACAAGAUCAGAAGCUAGCCAAGGACGGUAUCAAAAUCAUUACGCUUACCUUCAAGGUCAGGCAGGACUACGAUAAGCUGGAGCAGUGCCUCUGUGUCCUGCGCGGUCUAGAGGCAGUCGCAGAAAAGACAAUCGACUGGUACCAGUCGCAUCCAGACGAGAUACCGUAUCCACCUUACAGUGCAGACAGUACCUAUCAGCCGAUGGUUACUAGCGACCCAGACAACAGCAGUCUUAUCUCCAACUAUGCUGCGACAACUCAAAUUUCAGACAUCCUGCCCUCGUGGCCAGAUGAUCAGAAUAUCGAUUCAUUCGAUCUUGGUCUUGUGGCCCUUGAUCCAUUCAAUGAGGUGGCAGGUACCUCACCGUUCCAGUUCUGA